AUGGAAUAUCAAGUUUAUAAGAAUGUCGGGAAAAAUAUUUUAUUUAUAUCAACCAUUGGUUUAUCGUCUAUUUUUAUUGCCAAAUCUAUCAUAAGGAGGAGAAGACAAGAACAAUUUAACCCAACUGCAAAGGCCAAUGAGGAACUCUACCAAAAUGAAAAGCUUCAUAAGGAAACAGAUUAUUAUGCUAAUCUAGCUAAAGUUAGACCUGGAUUCCCAUUACCUCAGGACGAUGUAGAUGCCAUAACAGGUGAACGUAAGGAACGCUAUGAGAGAAAGAGUCAAUAUGAAGGGAGUGGUAUGAGUGUAUCGUCCAGAAAACAUGGAGAUAGACUAGGUUUUCUAGAUAGAAGAAGAGGUAAUAAUGAAUAA